CGAACUCCACGAUACCGGGCAAUAAUACAACGUUGGAGCGCGAACUUGGAUACCUAUUCGCUCGGUCUCUUCUUGAGAUGCGAAAACCACGACCCAGCACUCCGAUAGGAGGUAACAAAAUUUCUAAGCCCGCAGAGUUUAUCAUGGUAGCGUCCACUGCCAUGUGCACUACCGCUUUAUCCAGUGUUGUUCUGGGUUCCUUCAUGUGCUUCCUCAUCGUCAUGUGUCGACGAUUCGGCUUGGAUCCCGACAACAUAGCGCCUCCCGUUGCAGGCUGUCUCGGCGACCUUGUCACUCUUUCUAUAUUAGGGCUAGUAGCGACUUUGCACGUUAGCAUCGUGAACACCAUCAUUCCCUUGAUCCUAGUCAUUCUCCUUAGCCUUGCUGCGAUUGGCUGGGUCGUCGUCGCCCGUCGGAAUACCUAUGUCAAGGACCUCCUAAUACAAGGAUGGUCUCCCCUGUUUGCAGCAAUGAUCAUCAGCAGCGGGACCGGCCUCGUACUGGACACUUUUGUGAGCAGGUACACGGGCUUCGCGCUCAUCGCUGUUGUGAUUACUGGCCUUCCGGGAAGCGUUGGCUCCAUCUUCGUUUCGCGUCUGUCGACUGCCCUUCAUAGUGCCGGCACAUACCGUCUCCCGUCUCUUGUUGAUCACGCACCGCACCCCAAACCUCGUCUAGUGUUGAUGACUCUUCUCGUGGUCAGCCUGCCUAUCCAAAUUGUCUUUCUCUCCGUGGUAUAUAUGUUUGGCUGGCUUCACCUCUCCAUCGUGUUUGCCGCACUAGAGGUCAUGUUUUUCUGCAUUACAGUCCUCAUCUCUCUCUUCCUCGCCCAAAGUGCCACAAAUAUCCUAUGGUCAUACAAUUUAGACCCGGACAUGUACGCGAUGCCAUUACAUUCUGCUCUCAUGGACCUUGUGGGGCAGUCGCUACUGGUGGCAUGCUAUGAACUCGCUUCGCUAUUAGGGUCGAAGGUGCGCAGUAGGCCCGCUACCUAGUUUACGUGGAGCCUAUGCCGGAAAGUCAUCGGACUCAAUGCCACUCAGUGACUAACAAUAGCCUAAUUUAUUAUGUCUGUUGUAAUGCAUCGUACCUACUAUGAUAGAGCAGUUCAGAGCG